AUGAGAUUCUUAAAACCUUCAUCCCUAAUCCAUUUCCAUAGAGUUUUUCCCAAAUUCUCACUCACCAAACCUUCUCAAAUCCAUAGCCAUGGCCAAACCAGGUCAAGACCCAAUGAAGUGCUUAAAGAGUAUCUAAAGGCCAACGCUACAACUAAAGCCAUACUUUUCCUUCGUGAUUUGAUCAGAAAAAGCAUUUCAUCCAUUGAUAGCUACUCUCUAUUGUACAUCGUCAAGGUUUGCACACGAAAGUCUUCACCAUACGAAGCCCGACAAUUUCAUACUCUUAUCGUGAAACUCAGUUACAAUUCCAUCAUCUUCGUACAGACAUCACUGAUCAAUUACUACUCCGCAGUCGCUAAUCUAGCGGAUGCACGCCAGGUGUUCGACGAAAUACCCACAAAGAAUCUUGUUUGUUGGACAGCGUUGAUAUCCGCCUAUGUUGACAACCAAAAACCAAACACUGCUCUCAAACUGUUCAGGGAGAUGCAGACGGACAAUUUUGAGCCUGAUGAAGUCACCCUCGUGGUUGCUCUCUCUGCAUGUGCUGAUCUUGGUGCAUUGGGCAUUGGUAAAUGGAUUCAUAACUUCAUCCGAAGAAGCAAAAAUCUCAACAAAGACUUAACUUUAUACAAUGCACUCUUGAACAUGUACACGAAAUGUGGAGACAUCAAAAGUGCUAAAAUGUUAUUUAACACCAUCAAACACAAAAAUGUCACAACCUGGACUUCCAUGAUUACAGGACACGCAAUCCAUGGUCAAGCCAAAGAAUCCCUUGCCCUUUUCAAAGCCAUGACAGAUUCCAAAAUCGUGCCUAAUGAUGUUACCUUCAUUGGGGUUCUAAUGGCGUGUAGUCAUGUAGCCAUGGUGGAUGAAGGAAAGCACUAUUUCAAGAUUAUGAGUGAGGAAUAUGGAUUAAAACCUAAAGUUUCCCAUUUUGGCUGUAUGGUUGAUCUUUUAUGUAGAGCAGGAUGCUUACAAGAAGCUAAAGAUUUCAUUUUGGAGAUGCCUGAGAGAGUGAGACCGAAUGCGGUGAUGUGGCGGACUUUGCUUGGUGCGUGUAGUGUUCAUGGGGAUGUUGAUCUUGGUGAAGAGGUGAGGUGGCGAUUGGGUGAGUUUGAGGAGAAUUGGGGUGGUGAUGAUGUUUUAAUGGGGAAUAUGUACGCUUCAAGAGGGAUAUGGGAGAAGAAGGAGAUGAGUAGGAAUUGUGUUGAUAAGAGAGUUCCAGGGUGUAGUUUGAUUGAGGUGGGGAGUGAAAUUCAUGAGUUUGUGGCUGCAGAUUCUGAUCAUCCAUUUGGUUGCAAGAUUUAUGAGGUUAUUCAGAGUUUGUUUGGGAAUAUGAGAGCUUCUUAUGGAUGCACUUUUGAUCUUUGA